AUGCGGCUUCCGCUGCCCGCGGAUUUCUUCGCACCCGUACGGCUCUCCGCAGCCGAAGCUCACGACCUACAGCGUGUGGAAGCGCGGCUUCUCUCCGCCUAUCUGGCUAGUUACGACUCCCAAGAAAACGAUGCGCAGCCCAGUUGGAAGCUCGUGGGACAGCGUGUAGGCCGCAAGUUACAGGCGUUGCGUCUCGUUGGUAGCGUGGACGGAACGCUGGAGGACGUUUUAUACGGAGCCAUGUGGAGGUCCGGUCGGGAGCGCGCAGCUAGAGCGCAUUUCACUGGGGACGGAGUAACAGACGGCGCCGUGCUAUGCUCUGUGGAGAGCCCGUCGAGUGCGGACCCUUUCCGGUCACUGAGUGUCAGGUUGGCACUGAAACGCGCUCCGCACUGCGGACUGGUGGUCAAAGACAGAGACUUCUGCUACUUGGCAGCGGCAGGGGUGGUGCACUCGCCUAGGACAGGCGUGAAGCUUGGCUAUCGACUGCGCCACUCCAUCACGUUCCCUUCGUGUCCACCGUUCCAGAUUCACUCGGUAGCAAGAGGACAGAUCUUCUUGUGCUCGUUCUUCAGACAGCUACGCAAUGGUAGAGUGGAGGUGUUUCAUGAAGGGAAAUACGAUGCUGGGGGAGGGAACGGGGCGGUUGGACUGGGACUACCGAAAUCUAUCGCCGAGAAGAGCAUCGUGGAGACGCUGUUGAGUCUGGCAGAUGUAGGAGCUUGUGCGCUGGCCAAGAAGCUGGCUCGAGAGGUGGACAACACAGAGGCGGAGCGUGCAGUGGGUUCAUUAUCAUCUGCGUCGGUCCAGGAAUCCCUUGACGGCGACAGACGCUGUGGGAUGUGUCUGCGUCGUCUUCGUAGCGCCCUUAAGCGGAGGUGUGCAGCUUGUCGUCAAUGGACGUGUACUCAGUGCGGUGAUCGGCAGGAAGCUAUUCCGUCAUCCAGAGUUACAUGGGCGGGUGAGCCAGUAUCAGCACGCUGUUUCUGCAAAGCUUGUGUUGCCAAAGUCUUGCGCGAUGAUGCCACGAAAUACGCGUCACGCGAUGCCAAUGGCGAUGACUGUGAAGUUACCAGCGGACGAUGGGGCCACGACGAUAUUCCUGAAGAGGACGAGGAUGAUGAGGAUGAAGUUCGUAUCCCAAAUCGACGCCACUCUAUGCAUCAGUUGAUGACGGCAGCCACUGGAAUCCCGAGUAGCACUGAAUUCGGGUCUUGCACGUCGGUAUCCCGCUUGUUUGCCAAGCAAAUAUCUGUGGACAGCAACGCCAUGAACAUCAUCAACAGUUCGCUACCUGACAGUCGCCGAUGCCGCAGUGCCACGCUGACCGCUGCACCUGCUCCAAAUAAUGAGCAAGAAAGAGAUCGACCCAGACGGCGUCCCAGAGUACAUGCGCCUGAUAUCCUAUUGCGAAGCGAUGUGGGCAAGCGUAAUUGGGCGUCUUCGACGUCCGCUUUGUCUCUGCAAUCCCCGCAGCGACAUAUUGUCGGUUCACCGAUUGUUAAUCUCAAUCGCCGUCGACGGUCCGGGAGUUUAUCGCCGUCCGUACGCCGAGUCAGCUUUGGCAGCAAUUGCAGCUCCAGCGGAAAGAGCGACGACAUCCGUGUGCGUAUUGUCACACCCAAGCGAGGUCAACCUGCUGCUGCCUAUACUCCAUACUUUGCGUCUACGGGAGUCUCGUCGUCGAGACGAGCGUCAGUGGACUCUGGUCCCCCGUCCACAAGGACUGUUCACCGUCGCUUCUUUCGUGACCUGUACGGCAACCAAAAUGCAGCACGAAGGAAGAAGCGAUUGAGUAUAAACUGA